CAUUCCCACCACCGCCACGGCCCACCUACUCCUCCCUCUACAGUACUACUAAAACAUUCCCAACCCCGAAGAUCAAAAGAGUUAAACGACAAAACAAAAAACAAAAAAGAAAGGGAGCAGCAUUUUGCUUGAACUUAAUUGCAUUUGUACAACUCUGCCAUGUUUUGGUCUGACAGUUAAAAGUUAAACAUAAGUCCUACCUAGAAAACAGAGAAGAUUUUACAAUGCCGGUUUUGAGAAUUUUAUUAGUUGUGAUUUCUGUUGUAUUUCAUGUCGUCUUACAACUUAAGCGGGGGAAUUCUCUAACCGCCGACGGGCUUUCCCUCUUGUCCCUCAAGUCCGCCAUCGACGGCGGCGGUUCCGCAUUAACUGACUGGAAUGAGGACGAUGCCACGCCAUGUCACUGGUCUGGAAUUUCGUGUAUGAACAUUUCCGGCUCCAAUGAUCCUCGUGUCGUCGGAAUCACCGUCUCCGGCAAGAAUCUCCGUGGCUACAUUCCCUCCGAGCUCGGCACGCUUAUUUAUCUCCGUCGCCUUAAUCUUCACGGCAACAACUUCUACGGUUCCAUCCCUGAUCAGCUCUUCAACGCCUCCUCGCUCCACAGCUUGUUUCUUUACGGUAACAACCUCUCCGGACCGCUGCCUCCCUCGAUUUGCAAUCUCCCUCGUCUCCAGAACCUUGAUCUUUCCAACAAUUCUCUCUCGGAAGCCCUCCCGAAGGAGCUCCGGAGCUGCAGGCAGUUGCAGCGAUUAAUUCUAGCCAGAAAUAAGUUUUCCGGCAACAUUCCGGCUGGGAUCUUCCCGGAGCUCGCUAACUUAGAGCAGCUUGAUCUCUCAUCCAAUUCAUUCACCGGUUCGAUCCCGGAAGACAUUGGAGAAUUGAAAUCGUUAACCGGGACCUUGAACCUUUCCUUUAAUCAGUUUACUGGGGACAUCCCCAAGUCUUUGGGUGAUUUACCGCUCACGGUUAGUUUUGAUCUGAGGAAUAAUAAUUUAAGUGGUGAAAUUCCCCAAACGGGGUCGUUUGCUAAUCAGGGUCCGACCGCAUUUCUCAAUAAUCCAAUGUUAUGUGGAUUUCCUCUGCAAAAAACAUGUAGGAACAGUUCAAAUAAUCCUCCGGGGGUCCAGUCGUCUUCACGGGAUAAUGAGGGGGUGGAUUCGCAUAAAGGGCUAAAACCGGGGUUGAUCAUACUGAUUGCAGUGGCCGAUGCCAUAGGAGUGGCAUUUGUAGGACUGGUGAUCGUGUAUUUGUAUUGGAGGAGGAAAGACUCCGGUGGCUGUAGCUGUACCGGGAAAGUGAAGUUUGGUGGGAAUGAGAAGAGGAAGCUGUGUGCUUUCCCUUGUGUAGGUGCAUUUCCGAGUAAUGACUCAGAAAUUCAGUCGGAGAAGGGGGUUGAUGGUGGUGGAAGUGGUGCUAAUGGGAGUGAGGGGGAUCUUGUUGCUAUAGACAAGGGCUUUAAUUUUGAGCUUGAUGAGCUGUUGAGGGCGUCGGCUUACGUGUUGGGAAAGAGUGGGCUGGGGAUAGUGUACAAGGUUGUGCUGGGGAGUGGCGUGCCAGUGGCAGUGAGGAGGCUGGGCGAGGGUGGUGAACAGAGGUAUAAGGAAUUUGUGGCGGAGAUUCAGGCUAUUGGAAGGGUGAAGCAUCCAAACAUCGUCAGAUUGAGGGCUUAUUACUGGGCUCCUGACGAGAAGCUUCUUAUCAGCGACUUCAUUUCGAAUGGCAACUUGGCUUCUGCUCUUCAUGGGAGAACAGGUCAGGCAUCAUCUAGCUUAUCAUGGGGAACCAGGCUGAAAAUUGCUAAAGGAACAGCGAGGGGCUUAGCGUAUCUUCACGAAUGUAGCCCCAGAAAAUUUGUCCAUGGAGACAUAAAGCCCUCUAAUAUUCUCCUUGACAAUGAUUUUCAAGCUUGCAUUUCUGAUUUCGGCCUGAACCGCCUGAUCAAUAUCACAGGCAACAAUCCUUCAUCCUCUGGUGGAUUUAUAGGUGGGGCUCUUCCAUAUUUAAAAUCAGCUCAACCCGAGCGACCCAACAAUUACCAAUCACCGGAAGCUCGGAUCCCUGGCAACCGACCUACCCAAAAGUGGGAUGUCUACUCAUUUGGAGUUGUCUUGCUCGAGUUGCUGACAGGGAAGUCUCCAGAGCUCUCGUCUCCUACGACAUCCACUUCCACGGAGAUCCCAGACCUAGUAAGGUGGGUGAGGAAGGGAUUUGAAGAGGAAAACCCACUAUCAGACAUGGUAGACCCAAUGUUGCUUAAAGAAGUACACGCAAAGAAGGAAGUACUUGCAGCGUUUCAUGUAGCGCUUGCAUGCACGGAGGCAGACCCUGAGGUUCGACCAAGGAUGAAGACUAUUUCUGAGAAUCUUGAGAAGAUUUGAACAUAGAAGGAAGUGCAAUUUUCAGCAGACGUAAUCGAUGAGGGAACUCUUCAAUUCCGGACAUUUUAAGAUGGCCAAAUGCAUCAGCAAUUUUCAUCUAGGCAAAUUUUGUACGUUUUUCAUUAAGCAUUCAUAGUCUAUAUAAUAUAGCCCUCUACAUUCCCAGGAAAUUCUCGUCAUUUACGCUUCUCACAAAAUGGGUACAUAAAUUCCUGGUUGUUUCAACAUUUCUCUUUUGUGCUGUGUAGUUAUAGUUUCGUUUGUUAUUUUAGUAAUACACCCAGUAAUCAGAAAGUUAGCGUA